AUGGAUAUUUUUGGAGGUGCUCCUCGUGUUUUGGGCUACCCACGGCCUGUAUUGGCACAGUGUGGCACAGUUGCCACACUAAGGUGCCAGAUUGGUGGUGACCCUCGUCCUGAUGUGAUCUGGGAGCGUAAAAAUGUACAGAUUGAGAGUGAGGGACGCUAUAAGAUCUCUGAGGAUGGAAAAGCAUACCUGCUGACUAUUACUGGAGUGACCGAGCAGGAUGCUGGCCAGUACAUCUGCAAAGCUAGAAAUAGCAUAGGUGAAACCUAUGCAGCAGCCUCCCUUAAAGUAGAGGGGGAGGCCCAACAACAGGAAGGGUUGCAAAGGCAAUUAGAGGUCAAUGGUGUGAAGCAACCAAUAAAAGAGAAUGGAGGAUUAGAGGGACACCUGAAUGGCUACUGCACAGUGCAAAAUGAGAUUGAUUUAACAUCUGAUGAUAAACCAAGAUUUCUCAUCAAGCCCCUCUCAUUGCGUGUGGACAGAGGCGAAGAUGCCGCCUUCUCCUGCAAAAUCUGGGGCACGCCUGUGCCUGAGGUGGUAUGGGAAAAAGAUGGCAAGAAGCUGAAUGACAUCUUUGAGAGCUCCCACUUCAGCGUGAGCAAACAAGAUGGUGGCUGGUUCCAGCUCAAGAUCUACAGGACGCGUAUGCCAGACAAAGGUGUCUACACCUGCAAGGCCGUAAACUGCAACGGUGAGGCCUUGGCUGGUGCUGUCCUUCUUGUUGAGCUGGUACCUGAGCGAGAUGAGAAUAAAAUGGCCUCAAACAGUCACACUAACAGCCAAUGGUCACCAAAGCACAGAGGCGGGAGACUCAGUUUGUCAAAGGCUAAAGAGGAACCACAUGUCAGCUCAGCUAAAGUCAAGAAGUUUGCAGUGGCAGAGGGGAAACACGCUAAGUUUCGCUGCUUAGUGACCGGGAAACCAAAACCAGAGAUCAUUUGGAAGAAAGAUGGCAUGCCCCUAGAGCCCGGAAGGCGCCAUUUGAUAUUUGAGGACAGAGAAGGUUACUACACGCUGAAAGUUCUGUACUGUAAGGUGCAGGAUACUGGACUGUAUGUGUGUGCGGCAUCAAAUGCUCUGGGGAACACCCUUAGUGCUGUUCAUCUGUCCGUCAAAGGCCCACCUGUGCGCUUCAAGUGUCCAUUAAAAGACGUGGAGGUGAGGGAGAGGGAUGUUGCUGUACUUGAGUGUGAGGUUCCUGAAGAGUCGGUUCUUACUGCCUGGUACCUGGAGGACCAGAGGCUGAUGCCCAGCAGUAAGUACGGAAUGGAGCAGAGAGGCACCAAGCGAAGACUCACCAUCCAUGAUGUUGGCACUGACGACGAUGGAGUGUAUCUCUGUGAGAUGCCAGACGGAGGAAAGAGUAUUGCAGAGUUAUCAGUUAAAGGUACUAUCAUUCGUAAACUUCCCCGGAAGCUGGAGGUCCUUGAGGGUGAGAAUGCUGCGUUCUGCGUGGAGGUGGAAGACGACGACAUGGAGGUCCACUGGUUCAAAGAUGGUCUUAAGUUGCAUGAGACACAUCAGACGAUCCUAAAGUCUUUUGGGAAAACUCAUAUUCUGGUCUUUGUCAAUGUGGCCUACCAAGACUCGGGGGUAGUGACCUUUGUCGCAGGGAGAUCCAAGACCUCAUCACGUCUCAAAGUCAAAGCCACAAGACAUUGCCCUCCUAUCUGUCCUGUUGGAGUCAAAAUGGACGUAGAACGCCCAAACAGUGCUCUCCUCACCUGGGUUCCUGCCCCCAACAGCCAGACCAGCACCCGCUCCAUCUUCGUGGUGGAGAGACAGGAAGUGGGCUCGCAGGAGUGGCAGAAGUGUUUCACCUCGGAGUCCUCCACCACAGCCGAGGUCACUGGUGACAGCGUGCCGUGUGAGGGCGACUACCGCUUCCGUGUCUGUUGCAUCAACAAAUAUGGGCGAAGCGGCCAUGUGGAGUUUCAGAAAGUUGUCCAUCUGGUUCCUGGGCCAAAAAUUCGCAGUCGCCUCCGAGGCUGUGAGGUCACUGAAGGAGAGGAUGCUAGUUUUUCCAUCGAACUAUCUGCCUCAAUGGUUGGAACCUGGUUUCUGAACAGUGCUCAACUGAAACAUGGUGGACGAUACUUGAUAAAACAGUCCCAAACACAGCACUCAUUGGUUAUCCAUGAAACUCUUAGUACAGAGGACACAGCAGAGGUCACAUUCAUAGCCAAUGGAGUCCGGGAUUCAGCAGUUCUCAAUGUUAAACCUGCUGUGGUGAAGUUCAACCCUCUCCCAGAAUUAGACACCAUGAAGAAGGUGGAGCUUGGUGAUGCCAUUGUGCUCUACUGCGAAGUCUCACACCCCUUUGCUAAAGUAUCCUGGUUCAAAGAUGGUGAAGAACUCCAGGUGAGCGAUGGCCUCAACAUCCAAUCAGAUGGGAACAUGAGGAGGAUUGUGAUCCAAUCAGCUGACCAGUCUCACUCGGGAGAAUAUACAUGUGAAACUUCAGGGGACGUCAUCAAAUUUAACGUGGACGUUGAAGGUCCUCCUGUGAGUUUCAGCCCAGCACCUGAGGAAGAGCUCCAUAAGAGCAGCAUGGAGCUCGACCCCGUCGUUCUGCUCUGUCACGUCUCCAAAGAGGAUGCUGAAGUCGUCUGGUAUAAGGACGGCUGUGAGAUUCAGCCCAAUGACAACAUCACUCUGCAGGCAGAGGGAACCAUGAGGCGGCUGAUCAUUCGCUCUGCAGAAACCUCAGAUGCUGGCAGCUACACCUGCCAAGCAGGAAAAAACAGCAUGGAGUUCACAGUCAAUGUCAGAGAGCCUCCAGUGAUGAUUGUGGACCCUAAGGACGAUGUUGUGAUGGAGAGCUACAUCUCAGAGCAGAUCCACUUGCAGUGUGAAUUGUCUCGCUCCAGUGGGAGGGUGCGGUGGUCCAAGGAUGGUCAAGAGGUAGAGGAGAACAACAAUGUCCAACUGAUAUCUGAGGGUCCUUACAGGAGGCUGGCCAUCCUCUGUGGCAAGGCAGAAGACAGUGGAGAGUAUGUCUGCGAAACAGAUGGAGACUCUGUCUUCUUCCAGCUUAAUGUAACAGAGCCACUAGUACGAAUAAUUCACCCCAGUGAAUCAGAGAUUGAGCUGACAAAUUUGGCCUCUACGAGGCUGGAGCUCAAUUGUGAGAUCUCGCAGUCGGACGCCCCUGUGAAGUGGUUCAAAGAUGGCCUGGAGGUGGAAGAGGGCCCUAACCUGAUCCUAGAGAUGGAUGGGGCCCAACGCUGGCUGGUUAUACCCAUGACCACUGUAGAUGACACAGGGGAGUAUGUAUGUGACACUGAAGAUGACUCCAUUGCCUUCUUGGUGACUAUUGCUGAGCCACCAGUGGCACUUACUCGCCCCCAAGACAUGGUUGACAAAGUGGAGAGUGUUGCUGGGAAACCAAUCGUGCUUGAGAUUAAAGUGUCUAGGACCAAUGCAGAAGUGAAGUGGUGGCUAAAUGGCAAAGAAGUAGAGGAGAGCAGUAAUGUGACUAUCACAGAGGAUGGGUUAAUUCGACGUCUCACCAUCCAGUCUCCUUCUCCAGCUGAAUCUGGGAAAUAUACCUGUGAUGCUGUUGAUGAUAGCAUUGAUUUCCAGGUCGAAGUUUCAGAGCCUCCAGUGAAUAUCUUAAGAAAGUCAGAGAUGAAAACAAAUCUUAAGUCUAUGACUUCUGAUGACAUUGUGCUGGAGUGUGAGCUCUCCAGAGCAAACGGCAUCAGCAAAUGGUAUAAGGAUGGCUGUCGUAUUGAGGAUGACGAAAGGUUCUGCGAGGAAGAGGAAGGCGCUUUUCGUUCACUGGUCAUCCUCAAUGCUGAACUUGGAGACUCUGGAGAGUACUUCCUUGAUGUUGGAGAUGAUAAUAUCAUGUUCCAGGUUACUGUAGAAGAGCCUCCAGUGACCAUUGUGGGCAACUCAAAUGACGCAGACUAUCAGGAGUUGGUAGCAGGAGAUGACCUAAUCCUGGCCUGUGAGGUGUCCCGUGCCAGCGCCCCUGUUGAGUGGUAUUGCAAUGACAGACUGCUCAUCAAUGACUCCCGUACCUGCAUUGAGUGCUAUGGCACUCUGAGGAAAAUUAUGAUCUCAGAUGUCCAACACUCAGAUUCCGGGAAAUACACGUGUGAUGCUGUGAAUGACAAGAUGAUCUGCGUUGUCAGGAUUCAAGUGCCUCGGGUGGUGGAGUUCCUCACUGAGCUCCACAACACCACCGUGCUUGAAGGAGAAGAUGCCACCUUCAAGUGUGUGGUUUCUCCUGAAGAUGUCCAGCUGGUCUGGCUCAUGGACAAUGAAGUCAUCACACUCGGCGACCGUUUCCAGGCAACACAAAAUGGCCUAUGCCAAACCCUGGUAAUCAAAAAGUGCCAGAUGUUAGACUGUUCCAGAAUCACAGCUGAGGCUGAAGGAACGAUGAGCAAGGCCAGCCUCAAAGUUCAGGAGGCUCAGGUCAUGUUUACUAAGAAAGCAGAGGCCGUCAUGGCAGAGGAAUUUGGCGAGGCCACCUUAGAGACUGAGAUCAGCCUUGAGUCAGGCGAGGUACAAUGGAUGAGGCAAGGGGUGGUCAUUCAAGGCAGUCCCCGACACACACUGGCUCAGAAUGGGUGUAAACGUAGUCUGACCAUCUACAAUCUGACUCUGUCAGACCGUGGAACCUACCGCUGUGAGACUCUGCAUGACAGGACACAGGUCAAGCUCAAUGUAGAACCCCGUAAAAUCAUCAUCCGUAAAGGCCUAAAUGACCAAGAAACCUUUGAACGAGAAACUGCAUCCUUUGAGGUGGAGCUAUCCCACACUGAUGUUGAGGGCAUUUGGCAAAAGGACGGCAUCAGGGUGAAACCUAACAACCAGUGGCGGGUGAGCACCAAUGGGCGAGUCCAUGGCCUCACUCUGUCCAACCUCACCCUGGAGGACACGGGGACCAUCCUCUUCUCAGCUGAAGGGGUGCGAACAAUUGCCAGGCUCACUGUCAAAGAGACACCAGUCACUCUUCUGAGAGCACUGGCUGAUGUCCGUGUCGAGGAAGAAUUUCCCGCCACUUUGGAGUGUGAAUUCUCCAGACAAAAUGUUGAAGUCAAAUGGCUCAAGAAUGGGACGGAGCUGAAGCCAGGGAAGAACUGUCGGAUAUACUCCAUGGGCCGGAAGCGGUUCUGUCAAAUCCAACUGUGCUCCCGUGCUGACUCUGGCACCUAUACAUGUGACACAGGGGAAAUCACCACUUCCUGUUCGCUGGAGGUUUAUGAGCAUGAGUUGAAGAUUGUGCAGGAUCUGGAAGACCUUUACAUCAAGGAGGACCAGAAUGCUGUCUUCAUGUGUGACGUUUCUCUGGAGGAUGUUGCCGGAGAAUGGUACAAGGAUGGCCACAAGAUCCGGCCCACCAGCACCAUCAAGACCCGCACUGAAGGGACCAAACACUUCCUGCUGAUAUGUAACGUCAAAGCUGAAGAUGCUGGAGAAAUACGCUUCACAGCCAGAGAUGUUGAAUCUACAGCUUAUCUCGAGGUAGAAGAACUCCCAGUUUCCAUCGUUAAACCCCUGCGAGACCGGACAGCCCUGGAGAAACACCGGGUGAUCCUCGAAUGCAUAGUCUCCUCACCCCGCUGCAGUGCCAUCUGGUAUAAAGGCAGUGUGGAGCUGGAUCCCUCCGAUCGAGUGGACAUCCUGGUUGACGAUUGCUGCCAUAAACUGGUGAUACAGCAGGUGGCCAUGGAGGAUGAGGGCACCUACAGCAUUGAAGUUGGGGAGCACACAUCCAAAGCCAAACUCAUGGUGGAAGCCCAGGCACUCACGAUGGUCAGCGAGCUGGAAGACGUGGAGGUGAUGGAGUCUGAAUCAGCGUCUUUCCAGUGUGAGCUGUCUGUUGCCAUAAACAAACCUCCAGUUUGGACUUUGAACGGAGAAACCCUUGUGCCGGGCCCCUCUGUCCGCCUGGAAAACCACGAGACGGUCCACAAACUCAUCCUGAAAAACACCAGUGUGGACAUGAGCGGGGUGGUGAAGUUUACCAUGGGCAAAGCCAAGAGCAGUGCCUCACUCAGUGUUGUGGAAAACUAAAAGAAUGAAAGGGAAAAGCAAAUGACUCUGAGAGAAAGAAAAUGAUGAGAUUGACUGAAAAGUGGGAAUUGCUCAUUGUGUUUGGAUGGCCUACAUUUGAGGGUUCAGUUAAAGUUAGACUUAACAUUUUAAGCCUGAGGCAUGUUAUGUCAGUCCAGUUAUUCCUUUUUUCUUUUUUACAGUGUAGAUGAUAUGUAAUUCCCUAACACAGGUCUAGUUGACUUUACAUUCUUGUAUUCUGAUUAAAACCCACAGAAAAUGAAACAGACUAAAAGUCGUUAAUUACAUUAAGUCAAAUAUGCUUAACAAUUCCCUUUUCUUUUAAUAAUAACUUUAUCUCCAAACGUGAGGACAUUACUGCUUGUUAUGGAGC